ACUACCCAACCAGUGUCGACCCCAGCCAUCUAUUAUGCUUCUUCGCAAUAAAAGCUACCCGAAAAUCUGCAAGGAAAACGCAACCGGAGCUGCUUGGAGUGAAAGUAAUAAACGUGCUGACACUCAGGUCCUGAGAUGGGAUGUGUGUGUGGAGGUGGGACUAAGGAGCAGCAAGAGGAUCAUUGAAGCUGAACUAAGAGACGUACAGACGUCAUUCAAGCAACUUCUUUCCCUUAACUGAUCAGUAUGUCGGUAGUCACAUCCCCUGCCCAGGUGCCUCCAGCCAUUGUAAACCCUCCCCCACCUGAGGUCACGAACCCUGGGAAGCCUGGCCGAAAAACCAACCAGCUACAGUAUAUGCAGAAUGUGGUUGUGAAGACUCUGUGGAAGCAUCAGUUUGCAUGGCCCUUUUACACACCUGUGGAUGCUAUCAAGUUGAAUCUGCCAGACUACAAUAAAGUUAUUAAGAAUCCAAUGGACAUGGGAACCAUAAAGAAGCGACUUGAGAAUAAUUACUAUUGGACUGCUGGCGAAUGCAUGCAGGACUUUAACACUAUGUUCACAAACUGUUACAUCUAUAACAAGCCCACAGAUGACAUUGUUCUCAUGGCUCAAGCCUUGGAAAAGAUUUUCCUCCAAAAGGUAGCUCAGAUGCCCCAGGAGGAGGUGGAACUUUUACCCCCACCACCGAAGGGUAAAGCACGGAAACCUGGAGCACCCCCUGGUUCAGAAAACCAACCAUCAAUAGCACUGACUACUGGUUCUCCAUCCUCCUCAUGUCCGAGCUCCCCUCCUCAGCUGGCUCAAACUCCUGUAAUAGCUGCGACUCCAGUCUCGACCAUCACCUCCAAUGUUCAAGCUGUGCCCCCUGCGACGCCCCCUCCCAUGAUUCCAACCGCACAGCCUGUUCUCAAAAAGAAAGGGGUGAAGCGGAAAGCGGACACGACCACACCCACAACCUGCGCGAUCACUGCCAGCAGAAGUGAGUCGCCCACUGCGAUGUUAGAGUCCAAACUCAGUAAAGUCAUUUCCAGACGAGAGAGCACAGGUCGACCCAUCAAACCUCCCAAAAAAGACCUGGAGGAUGGGGAUGUCCAACAGCAAGGGAACAAGAAAAGCAAACUCAACGAUCAUCUCAAAUACUGUGACACUAUCCUUAAAGAGAUGCUUUCCAAGAAACAUGCGGCCUACGCCUGGCCCUUCUACAAGCCUGUAGAUGCAGAGGCCCUGGAGCUGCAUGACUAUCAUGAAAUCAUCAAGCAACCAAUGGACCUCAGCUCUGUCAAAAAAAAGAUGGACAGUCGAGAAUACCAAGACGCCCAAAGUUUCGCAGCAGAUAUUCGGUUAAUGUUCUCAAAUUGUUACAAAUACAACCCGCCUGAUCACGAGGUCGUUGCCAUGGCAAGAAAACUCCAGGAUGUGUUUGAGAUGAAAUUCGCUAAGAUGCCCGAUGAACCGGCAGAGCCGUCUUCGCCCAGUGCGGUGUCGGCCACGGCUGUGGUGAGCAAGAGCACCGGCAGCAGCGAAAGCAGCGCAGACUCUUCCAGCUCCAGCUCCGACUCGGAGGAGGAACGGGCCACUCGGCUGGCUGAGCUGCAGGAACAGCGAUUCACUGUGGAGCACCCCAAUGGUAACAGGUCGGGGACAAAAAACGGGUGUGCCAAACGUUUUCAGCUGAAGGCUGUUCAUGAACAGCUAGCCGCUCUGUCACAGGGUCCUGUGAGCAAACCAAAGAAAAAGAAAGAGAAGAAGGAAAAAGAGAAGAAGAAGAAAGACAAAGAAAAGGAUAAAGAGAAAAACAAGGUCAAGGUGGAAGAUGACAAAAAGGCCAAGUCCACACAACCGAAUAAGCAAACUCAGCAGAAAAAGACCUCUGCACGGAAACCCAACAGCACAUCAACUACAAGGCAACCGAAAAAGGGGGGCAAACCUGGUGCAGCAAACUAUGAGUCUGACGAGGAGGAGUCUCUUCCCAUGUCUUAUGAUGAGAAGCGGCAACUUAGCCUGGAUAUCAAUCGGUUGCCGGGUGAGAAACUGGGCCGCGUGGUCCACAUCAUCCAGUCACGUGAGCCGUCACUGCGAGACUCCAACCCAGACGAGAUCGAGAUCGACUUUGAAACGCUCAAGCCUUCCACGUUGCGUGAGCUCGAACGAUACGUCAAGUCCUGUUUACAGAAAAAGCAGCGCAAACCUUUACCGGGCACUGGGAAAAAGAGUGCCAAGUCUAAAGAGGAACUGGUUCAGGAAAAGAAGAAAGAGUUAGAAAAGAGGCUACAGGACGUGAGCGGACAACUGAACAACAACAAGAAACCACCCAAAAAAGCAGAAAAGGCGGGGUCAGCGCAGGGGGGCGGGCCAUCUCGGCUGAGUGGCAGCAGUAGUUCUUCGGAUUCGGGAAGCAGCAGCUCCAGCGGCUCCAGCUCCGAGAGCAGUGACUCAGACUGAACUCCAAUUCGACACGUCGCAUACUUCAACCUCCUCUAUUUUCUAAUGAGUAGUGUGUGUUGUCAUGAUAGUAUCUCUCUGAAGGCCCAUUUUAUAAAGAGCUAGAUGCUUUGCAGAUGGCAGAGGAUAUUUUAAAAAUAGUUUGUAGGAUGCUCUUGGCUCAGACAAAGAGGAGAGUUGGAAUAGUUCAAGCAGUUUUAAGGUUCUCGCUGGCCCUCAAAGGGAAAUGCCUGGUAUCACCAGAGGAAAAAAAAGACAAAAAAAAAAAGAUAUUUUUUUGAAAAUAUGUCAGUUGUGGAGGUGAAACGGUUGUGCGUGUCCGUUGUUUUUUUAGGUUGCUGCUCAUUAGAUCCAUACUGAAAACGUGCGUUAGUGGAAAAACUGACAAAUGCCUGGCUGCAUUUUACUGAUCGAGUAGCUACACAAUGUCUCAAAAUCUGAAGGAAAAUUUCAUUUUUUCUGCUCUCUCACUCUGGUGUGGUUCUGUCAUGUUGGCGUGACAUUUCAACUCAUUCCGCAUUUAUUUGACUGACUAUGAUAAUGCUCUUCAUUGUUAACAUUUUUAAGAGACUAUUUAUUUUUUUUAUCCAAAAAGGCACAAAGUUAUGCGUGUUUUCGACAUUCGGUCUUUACAGAAAUGUUUCCAGUUGACCAGAAUUUGGCUCAACAUAAUUCACUAGAACUCUAGACAGCAUCCCGCGACUCUGGUGUCAGUAUCGUUAUUAAACCUUCAUUUUCAGAGGCUUCGCAGUCACUUUGGCAAUUUCAACACUGUACAUUUUCUCUUCGGGUGCUCUCAGCUCAAUAUUUGAUGUAGAAUUACGUGUCUGGAUUUUUUGUUUGUUUGUUUUUAAUCUAUAUCAUACGCUCAUUUGUUUGUUUGUUUUAUAUUUGGAUUGUCUUCUGUACUUUUUUUUUAUACUAUUGAUAUGUAGGUGCUCUGAGUAUCUCUUAUCCUACUUUCUAUCUGAUAUGCCUCAUCUUUACCAAGUCCACUCAUAGGACAAUCAAAGUUGUGAUUAAGUUCAGUAUAUAUGAAAAUGGAGGUAAUGGCAAAAUGCAUUCAGAUGUUAAAAAACACACCCACAAGGCUGCAGAUUGGAAUGAAUCAGCCUCUCUGAAACCAAGUGAAUUCUAGCUCUCUUGGACAAGUAGACACUUAGGGGAGACUUAGACUUGUAAAGAAAAAGAGGGAAGCAUUUAAAGACAAAGUUGGACAGUUAUCUUUGAGAAGACUUACAAGCAGCAGUGCUAGGUUUAAUUUCAGAAGGAUGUGUGUUUGACAAUAGUUAUUAUUAGUUGAAAGUAUUACAACUAAUGUAUGUUCUCAAUUUUAAUAACUAUUAUUUUACCUUUUUGUUUUGUUUUUCUCAAAUGGUGUAUUGAAUGCUUUCAAUGGUACCUAGACACUUCUUGCCAUGUAUCCAGAAUAGUUUGGAAAUGGACCAUGACUGAUAAUCUUUAUAAAAGAAAAUAUGAAUGUAUUAGAGGUUAUUUUCUCAUUUUCUUUUUGUGGCUGCAGUAAUGCCACUCAUUCACUGGGUUUGUGGCAUUGACAAUGAUUCAUUUCAUUUAACAGCCUUGAAUUGAACUCUGAACCCCUUAAAAUCAUUGGAUGUGCUCUUUUUGCCUUAAGUUUAGUUGGCACACUAAAAUAAAGUAAAAUGAGUCCGAUAUAACCGAUUAAGUUGAAGCCAAUGUGUAUAGUGGUUUUUUUUUUGUUUUGUUUUUAUCAGCAUCAAACAAUUGUGAUGUAAAGUGACUUCCUGGGUUUCCUUCUUAUAUGUAGGAUGCUUUCAAUUAUGUUUUGAUUUUAUUCAUUAUACCACUGUAAUGCAUUACAUGUUCCUUGUGACUAUAACCUACCUUGUCUCUAAAAUAAUUUCUGUUACAGCUCCUCUUCCUCAAUUCCUCCAGCAGAGCCCAGUAAAUAAAACUGGGGUUCAUGUUACUGAAAAUGAUGCAGACAGAGAUAUAAAGAUACAAAGGAUAUAUAAUUACAGAUAUAAAUGUAUAUUCACUACUUAUUCGUCAACUCUGUCUUGGGUCUAAGUAUUUUAGUUCUUUUUUUAUGAGAGAAAGAGAGAGAACAUUUGUGUAUUGCAUGCCAAUUUACAGUAUAUUUCUUAAAUUUUUUGAGCAGUUUAUAACAUGUAAAUGUCAUUCUUUCGAGUGAAAUUUUAAAAUUGGUAGCGCUGCAUAUGUUAAGUUCAGCAAGUGAAAGCAAGUUGACAAGUAUGUUUUGGCACAGACUUACCAUGGUAAUAUCUGAUGUAUAAGCUAAUCGGAGAUUUGGACACUGAGCCCCUCGUUUUUUGUAAAUAAAUCACAAAAACCCA